UAAAGGGUGUGGAGGUAGGCACUCUCUUCUUGUGAUUACAGCCACUGCAGAACAAGCAUCAUGGAUCUAGGAAAAGGGAUGCAGAAUGUAAUGGUGGUGACCCUGUUUGUUAUUUGUCAGGUCUGCUUGUGCUAUGACGGAGUCACCGAUGACUACGCUGAUGAAAACACCACAGUGGACUACAGCCAAUUUGAAUAUCUUUGCUACAAAAAAGAUGUCCGGGAUUUCAAAGCUUGGUUCCUGCCCACCAUGUACUCAGUCAUCUGCUUUGUGGGCCUUCUGGGCAAUGGGCUGGUCAUGCUGACCUACAUAUAUUUUAAGAGGCUCAAAACCAUGACCGACAUCUACCUGCUGAACUUGGCCGUGGCUGACAUCCUUUUCCUCCUGACCCUGCCCUUCUGGGCAGUCAGCGCCGCCAAGUCCUGGAUCUUCGGCCCUAUCCUCUGCAAAGCCGUCUACUGCACCUACAAGAUGAGUUUCUUCAGCGGCAUGCUCCUGCUGCUCUGCAUCAGCGUGGACCGCUACUUCGCCAUCGUCCAGGCUGUCUCCGCCCACCGCCACCGAAACCGCAUAAUCCUCAUCAGCCAGAUCUCCUGCUGCGUGGUCUGGAUGCUAGCCUUCCUCUUCUCCACCCCAGAGCUGAUAUACAGCAACGUCCUCAAGAAUGGGCGUUGCUCUCUGGUGACCGAAGACCUGGAAACCUUCACAACCAUCAUUCAGGUGGCCCAGAUGGUGAUCGGCUUCUUAAUCCCGCUGCUGGUCAUGUUCUCCUGCUACCUCGUCAUCAUCCGCACACUGCUGCAAGCCCGCAACUUUGAGCGCAACAAAGCCAUCAAGGUCAUCAUCGCCGUGGUCAUCGUCUUUAUUGUCUUCCAGCUACCUUACAAUGGGGUGGUCCUGGCCAAGACCGUGGCAGCCCUCAACAGAACCUCCACCGACUGUGAACACAGCAAGCAACUGGACAUAGCCAGCGACGUCACCUACAGCCUUGCGUGCCUGCGCUGCUGUCUCAACCCCUUCCUCUAUGCCUUCAUCGGUGUCAAGUUUCGCCAAGACCUCUUCAAGCUUCUCAAGACCUUUGGCUGCCUCAGUCAAGAGCGCCUCCUAAACUUAUCUUCGUGCCGACAGAACCGGCGCUUCUCCAUGAGCAUGGAGGCGGAGACCACCACCACCUUCUCCCCUUAGAGAAUCACCUCCCCAAUUCAAACCCAUCCCCAAGGACCCCAUCACCCUCCUGCCCCAUGUGGCUAAGCUGCUUCAACAAGUUAAUACCAAGAAUUUCAAAGCUGCUAGGGUUGGAAGAGGGUCAUUCUCUCUUCUUCUUCUUCUCUGUCUCUCUGAUAUUUCAUUGUAAAAGGAUUUUCUUGGUGUUUCAAACAGAGAAAAUACCCCACCUGAGAAGCCAGCCUGAACCAACCACAUCAACCCCAACAAAAGGGAGAGAAGAGGUGUAUUGAGAGCUAACAGCAAGAGUUCAGGAUGCUUGGGUUAUCCUCAAGAUCUAAAAGUGAGAGUUGGGAGUGGCCUGGGUCUAGGAAAGGGCCUAGUGGGGUGGGGGUUGUGGGGAGAUGAAGUGAAAAGCCAUAGUUUCAGAAUGAAACUACUCUUGGAUGUCAGAAGAAAAAAACACUCUUCAAAGAAAUCCCAGAGGACUGAAACCAAUUUCCCUAAAGAAUAAGACUAUUUUAGCAAGAACAGAGAGAGUAUAAACCCUGCUUUGUCUUAGGGAGAAAAGUUAUAAAACUUGAUUCCACCCCCUACCUCUAUUCCCUUCCAUUUGGAAUUCUGGACAAUACCGUCAUUUCAUCACCAUCUAAGAUGCAACCUUCAGUCACACAUGAACCCUGACUCUGUUUGCAGAGGUGGGUAGGGUGGAGUGGGAUUACUUCUGCAGGUCAGAAGAUUUUCCAAGGCAAAUCUGCUUUUUCCUGUCCUGGCCUGUGGAACUAAGUUGGGGUUCCCUGAGCCCCAAUCUCUGUUUGGCUCCAGGAAGGAGGAGAGCAGGAAAACAAUGCUGCCUACUCAAGUUCCAAAAAUGUAUUCCCCUGUCAUCUUUAAAAUGGGCAGAGGAAGAUUUUUGUCAUACUCAGCUGAGCAUCAGCUUCCAUUUCAUUAGGAAAACAUUUUCUACAUAGCUUUUUUCAAUAAAAGAGGACAUGUUUUGCAAACUGCGAA